AUGGGGUUGCACCUCUUCACCAACUCGGAUAUAGAGCUGCACAACUCCACCAACCUGGAUAUGGAGCAGCACCAAUUUAGAGAUAACAAGGUUGUUCUUGCUAAGGCUAAUCCCUCCGAUGAACACCAGCUUUGGUACAAGGAUGAUAAGUUUGGGUCCAACGUGAAAGAUGAAGAGGGUUUUCCUAGCUUUGCUCUGGUUAAUAAAGCCACCGGUCUGGCCCUCAAACAUGCUAGUGGAGCUACUCAACUGGUGCAAUUAGAACCUUUCAGGCCAUUCGAAUUUGAAAAGUCCCUGAUGUGGAGUGAGGGCAAGGUGAUCGAUAAUGAAGGCUAUAGAGCUAUAAGAAUGGCUAAUGACAUUCACCUAAAUAUGGAUGCAUACAUAGGUGAUCGCCCUCAAGUCCAAGAUGGCAAUGAGAUUGGGCUUUGGGAAUGGAACUCUGGAAAUAACCAAAUAUGGAAGAUAUCACCACAUUUAAAUGUCACUAACUCUUCACUCGGUUCAUCCAACUACUCGUCAGCACCAGGACAUGAAAAACAAGGUUGUCAUGCAAGUAGUGAAGGAAGGCUUGAACAUCAUGGUCACGAUGGUCCUUAUUCCUCAUCUGACACCCACCAUUCCUCCCACUUUGAUUCUGCUUCCAGCCUCUCCAAGAAACCUGCAGUAAAAAUAUUUUGCAAAUCUGAUCCAAAUCUUAAUCUUUCAGUUAGAGAUAACAAGGUUGUCCUUGCUAAAGCUAAUCCCUCCGAUGAACACCAGCUUUGGUACAAGGAUGAUAAGUUUGGGUCCAACGUGAAAGACAAAGAAGGUUUUCCUGGCUUUGCUCUGGUUAAUAAAGCCACCGGUCUGGCCCUCAAACAUGCUAGUGGAGCUACUCAACUAGUGCAAUUAGAACGUUUCAAGGCAAACGAAUUUGAUAAGUCCCUGAUUUGGAGUGAGGGCAAGGUGAUCGAUAAUGAAGGCUAUAGAGCUAUAAGAAUGGCUAAUGACAUUCACCUAAAUAUGGAUGCGUACCUAGGUGAUCGCCCUCAAGUCCAAGACGGCAAUGAGAUUGGGCUUUGGGAAUGGAACUCUGGAAAUAACCAAAUAUGGAAGAUAUCACCACAUUCAGUGUCAGGGCACGAAAAACAUGGUGGCCAUAAAUUUGGUGAAGGAAGGUCUGAUUGUCAUGGUGAUGAUUGUCCCUACUCAUCUCACACUCACCAUUCCUAUCAUUCUGGUCAUGCUUCCAACCUCUCUAAGGAACCUACUGUCAAAAUCUGCGGUAAAGCUGAUCCAAAAUUAAAUCUUUCGGUUAGAUUUGACAAGGUUGUUCUUGCUAAAGCCGAUCCCUAUGAUGAACACCAACACUGGUUCAAGGAUGAUAAGUUCGGGUCCAAUGUGAAAGAUGAAGAGGGUUUCCCCGGCUUUGCUCUGGUUAAUAAAGCCACUGGAUUAGCCCUCAAGCAUGCUUGUGGAGCUACACAACCAGUGCAAUUGGCAUGUUUCAAUUCAAAUGAUUUAUCCCUAAUCUGGAGUGAGAGCAAGGUGAUUGAUAAUGAAGGCUAUAGACGUAUAAGAAUGUUUAAUAACAUUCACUUGAAUAUGGACGCAUACCUCGGUGAUCACCCUGGUAUCCAAGAUGGCAAUAAAAUUGUGCUUUGGGAAUGGAAGAAUGGAGAUAACCACAUAUGGAAGAUAUCAUCGCAUUGUAAGUUUUAGCAACCGAGAAUUUGGAUAAACAUGAUCAUCAGUCAAAUGGUGUAGCCAAUUAUGCUCGAUUACCUUCAUUUCUUUUAUGUUUCUUCCAGUAAUCAGUGAUAUAUGCAGGAUGGUUGCAAUGUGGUGGAGUCAGUUUCGUGAUCCAAUAGCUUGAAAGGACCGAUUGCUACUUAAUUAUCUACUUAAUAUAAAUAUAUGUUGGAAAGUACUAAA